UUGUGAUCAUACAUAUGUUAGACAUUCUGCGUUGUGUAUUAAGACUGUACCAAGUUUAUAAGUAUAUAUCCAAGUAUAAUUUUUCAAUACAAGUAAAAAAAAACCUCACUAUUCAAAUCAUGGAAGUUCAAAUCUGUCGCGCUUGCCUAGGAACGUCACCUGUAAUGAUCAACAUAUUCGACAACGCUCCUGGACUAGGGAUCUCCAUCGCCGGUAUGAUUACUCAAUGCACUCCCUAUGAGAUUUCUAAAGGAGAUGGCUUUCCUGAAAACAUCUGCGAAUCUUGCCUGCACUGUGCACGAUCCGCCUUUGAGAUACGGCAAACAAUUGAGAAGAGCCACCAGAAGAUACUCAAGUUGAAGAACCGUAAAGUCUUAACAGUCAAUUUAAGGAAGGAUGUUUGCUCUCCUGAGAUUAAAAAACCGCACAAGUGUACCUACUGCCAAAAGACGUUUAAGAAAAAAUGGAAUCUUCAGCAACAUAUGCGAGGAGUACACACGGGAGAGCGACCGUAUAAGUGUUCCCACUGCUCGAAGUCAUUUUCCAGUAGAGAGGGUCUUAAAAUACAUAUCCGAACUCACACGGGCGAGAAACCGUAUAAGUGCUCUCAGUGCCCAAAGUCAUUUUCCACUAAGGACCAUCUUCAGUUACAUAUCCGAACGCAUACGGGAGAGCGACCGUAUAAGUGUCCCCAAUGUCCACAGUCGUUUGCCCAGAAAAAUGGUCUUACGUCGCACACUCGAACACAUACGGGAGAGCGACCGUAUUCGUGCACCCACUGCUCGAAGUCGUUUUCAACGCAAUCUCAAGUUAUGCUACACAUCCGAACUCACACGGGUGAGAGACCGUAUAAGUGUUCCCACUGCUCUAAGUCAUUUUCCGAAAAAGGAAGUCUUAAAAAACACAUGCGAACUCACACUGGAGAGCGACCAUACAAGUGUUCCCACUGCUCAAAGUUGUUUUCCAUAAGAAGUCAUCUUAAAACACACAUAAGGACUCAUACUGGAGAGCGACCAUACAAGUGUUCCCAAUGCUCAAAGUCAUUUUCCAAUAGAGGUUAUCUUACCGCACACAUCCGAACUCACACUGGAGAGCGACCUUACAAGUGUUCCCACUGCUCAAAGUCAUUUUCCAGUAGAAGUUAUCUUACCCCACACAUCCGAACUCACACUGGAGAGCGACCAUACAAGUGUUCUCACUGCUCAAAGUCGUUUUCCUUUAAAAGCAACUUAAUUGAACAUAUCCGAACUCACACUGGAGAGCGACCAUACAAGUGCUCCCACUGCUCAAAGUCGUUUUCGCAUAAAAAUACUCUUAAUAGACACAUCCGAACUCACAAAUAAAAGCGCCCAUAAAACAAACAAAAAU